AUGCCCGAAGGCUUCUGGCACCACAUUGCCACGCCCCAAGUGGGCAAUUCCAACCAAUAUGCUGCCCUACACAAUCUGAUCCGGUUUGCUGGCCAAAAUCUAAAUGGGGAAAAAAUAAAAAUAAAAGAAAAAGAAAAAAAAUCUGAAACUAAUCCGUUCUCGUUUCUCUCGUUCCAUUGCAGGGGCAAAUUUGCGGCAGUUCGUCGGGCGAUACACAAGAAUUCCGGUUCGCAAUUCGCUGCCAAAUUCCUAAAGCGACGCCGACGCGCCCAAAGCAGCGACAAGGAGAUCAAGCACGAGAUCGCCGUCCUGAUGCUCUGCAAGGGCGAGGACAACAUUGUCAACCUGAACGCUGUGCACGAGACGCGCUCCGACACGGCGCUGCUACUGGAGCUGGCCACUGGCGGCGAGCUGCAAACGAUAUUGGACAACGAGGAGUGCCUCAGCGAGGCGCAGGCGCGCCAUUGCAUGCGCGAAACGCUCAAGGCUCUCAAGUUCUUGCAUGAUCGCUCCAUAGCCCACUUGGAUCUGAAGCCGCAGAAUAUUCUGCUGACUGGCGAGCGUAUUGAGGAUGGCCUCAAGCUGUGCGAUUUCGGCAUCUCGCGCGUCGUCUGCGAGGGCAUCAAUGUGCGCGAGAUGGCCGGCACUCCGGACUACGUGGCACCGGAGGUGCUGCAGUACGAGCCCCUGUCGCUGCUGACGGACAUCUGGUCGGUGGGCGUGUUGGCCUACGUGCUGCUCUCGGGCUUCUCGCCCUUUGGCGGCGAUACCAAGCAGGAGACCUUCCUCAAUAUCUCACAGUGCGCCCUGACCUUUCCCGACAAUCUCUUUGGCGGCGUCUCCCAGGCGGCGAUUGAUUUCAUACGUCGCGCAUUGCGAAUUAAGCCAAACGAUCGCAUGAAUGCCGCUGGCUGCCUGGAGCACGUCUGGCUAAAGGACGAAUGCUCCUUGAAUAGGCAAAUCUACUUGCAGGCACAGCACGAUGCCGACUUUGUGCAGGAUGACGAGGACGAGGAUGAGGACGAUGAUGAUGAGGACGAGGAGGAGGAAGAUGAUGAAGCCGUGGAAAAUGUUUCACAGCAACAGCAGCAGCAACAGCAACAGCAGCAACAAAACGGCACAACAGCAGCAACAGCAGCAGCAGCAACGGCAGCAACAACAGCUGGCGCUGCCACAGGAAGCAACAAGGGCACGCACAAUGGGCACAGAGCACACGCCAGCUCGAAGAUACCAAUCGCCACCAGCCACAAGCUGAGCCCCAGCACAGAGACCACAACGGCCAUACACACACUGCCCCAGGCGCUGACCUUGUCGCUGGCGACAACAAACGCAACGAAGCCCACACAGAUUGUGACACCGACGCGACGCGCCUCGGACUCGGACAAGGAGAACACGUACACGGCGACGUUUGUGAAGAAGCCGAUGGCCAGCACGGCCACCAUACAGAUCGGCAGCAAUGGGCUGGAGGAGACGACAGUGAUUGCCACGCUGGCGCUGUUCCCGGAUGCGCCGACCACGCCCAAAGUCAUACGCAAGACACCCGCCACGGAGGCCAGCUCAGCGACCUCGGUCAAGGCCCUGGUCAAGAAGUUUCAGCUGGACGAGCUCGAGGCGCACAGCAACAGCAGCAGCUCCAAUGGCAAUCUGGCGUCCACAGUGACGCAGCUGCAGCUGCAGCAGCCACGCAAGUGCUCAGUGCCCAGCAUUGCGAUGCCACCGACCAGCAACAGCAACAGCAGCAAUAUGCGUCGCAGUGUUAGCGGCAGCAGCAGCAGCAACAACAGCAACAGUUGCAACAAUGUGCGACGUGCCUCAGAGCCACUAACCGCUGUGCACAAGAAGCAACACAGCAGCAGCAGCAGCUGCAGCAGCCCCAACUCAAUUUCCAACAGCAACAGUAAUACCAACAGCAGCAGCAGCAGCAGCAGCAGCAGUAACAAUCCCAGUGGCAGCAGCAGCAGCAGUGGCGGCAGCGCAGGUGGCAGCAGCUCGGCGCUGCUGCUGAAUGGACGAAUGCCAACGACAGCGACGGCAGCGGCACAUCAUUUGCAUCAUCAUCGUAUGCACCAUCACCGUCAUCAUCAUCAUCAUCAUGUGAUGGCCGCCAAGAAUGCCGCCGCCGCCGCCACCAACAACCUGAGCUUGGACCAGGGCAUCAUCUGUUAGCUAAGGGCCGAACGUGUGCGCCGCAAUGCCAAAAGUUUCUUUCACCGCUUCCUUUGCUGCAUGUAGCAGUGCCUGAACGUGUAGGCGUGGUCGGCGCCCUAGCUGCCCUAGCGUGCCCGCAUCCGACAGGAUCAAACAGCAAACGGACCGGGCGCCAGGAUAAGUUCAGGGAGCCAAGCGAGCAGUUGCCAGCCAAUUGCCAAAAUUGUCGACGUCUACGCGUGUGUUGCGGGAAGUUUUGUUUGAUUUUGAGUUUCUUAGUUAAUGUUAUUAGCCUCUAGUUGAUCUAAAUAAAAGAAGAAUAAGCUACACA